CGCUCGUUCUGGCCGGCCAGAUGCUGUAGCAAUACUCCCAUCUCUCUCGAUCACGUUGAGGACCUCCUUACGACUGAAAACUUCAACAUGUCACUCAGACGUGAGCGUGACUGGUCUGUAGGCCUCCGCCCGACUCUCUACUGCGCCCGUCCUUCUUGCUCCCAGCCACUGAUGUCCAUAAGUAAUUCUGGGGAGAACAUAACCUGCUCUGCAUGCUCAAGUCAAACUUGCAAAACCUGCACUGGGCUUGCUCACGAAGGCUCUUGCCAGUUUGACGAAACGACUGAACUGGUUCUGAGUGCGCUAAACUACGGUACUUUCAAACGUUGUCCGCAGUGCAAUGAGAUGAUUGAGCUGACCGAGGGCUGUAACCAUAUGACUUGUGUCACUUGUAGGUAUGAGUUUUGCUGGCUUUGCUCCAGA